AUGAGUCCAGAUGAUGAGCCAGCCAAGAGCAGCUGCAAUGUGUCAGAACUGAUAAUGACCUCUGGAAGUGUUAAACAAGGGCAAGCAAAGCAUGUUGGUAGGCUGCCUUUUAUGGAGAACCAUGCAUCUCUUUUCCAUGCCAUCCAUUCAAUCACAAAAUCUAUUAGACAGUUUGGAGAGCAUGAAGGUGGCAUAACCUUGAAGGUCACAAAACGUCAUCACAUUGACCUUGGCGCAUCUCAGGAAGAGGUUGUUAUAAAGGAAGAUCUUGAUUUGGCUCAAGAUUCACAGGUUCUCGAUGAAGACUCAUUGAAUCCUGUUAUGGUUACAGAUUCACAGGAUCGCGAUUUGGCUGAAGACUCAAAAGAUUUUGAUUCCACUAAAGAUUCACAGGAUUUUCUCUCACAGGAAUCUGACUUGGCUAAAGAUUCACAGGAUCUUGACAUACGGGAUUCUGAGUUGACUAAGGACUCACAGGAUCUUGAUGCACGCGAUUCUGAGUUGACUAAGGACUCGCAUGAUUUGGAUAAAGACUCACAGGAACGUGAUUUGACCAAAGACUCGCGUGGUCCUGAGUUGGCAUACGACUCCUGGGAUCCUUACACAUGGGUUCUUGAGUUGGCACAGGACUCCUGGGAUCCUGACUCCUGGAAUCCUGGUUUGGCUAGAGGCUCAUGGGAAGUUGACUCCUGGGAUCCAGAUUUGGUUAAAACUUUUCUUGACUCUGAUUCGAGUUCAACUAAAGACUCACAGGAUACUGAUUUGGCUAAAGACUCACAGGAUUCUGAUUUGGCUAAAGACUCACAGGAUUCUGAUUCCCAGGGUCCUGAUUUGACUGAAGACUCACAGGAUCCUGAUUUGACUAAAGACUCACAAGAUCCAGAUUCAUGGGAUCCUGAUUCAACUAAAGACUCGCAGGAUCUUGAUUCGGCAAAAGAUUCACAUGAUCCGGAUUUGACAAAAGACUCAAGGGAUCCGGAUUUGGCUAAGGACUCCCGAGAAGCCAGAGAUACUUCUGCACCUGUGCCUCCCAGUCAGUCUAAAUUAAAAAGCAAAAGCGUUAUUUCUAGAACGCAACAGAAACGUUACCUCAUAGAACUGCCACCAGCACAUCUGCUUCCUUACCUGGUUUUAAUCAAGAGGGUCAUGUCCUUGCCAAUUUCCGCCAUUCAAAAGCAGUGUAUUUCGGGAGAGAUAUUGUGCAGAAUACAGUAUUUUACACUGAAACUGCAAAAGAGGAAACUACUUUCUCGGCCUGCAUUAGCAGAACAACCCACUCAUAGGCUACCAACAGUUCGAGAAACAGGCUAUGUAACUUUUGAUUGCCUGAGGGAUCUACAGUGGAAGUUAUACAAAGGCAUCGCAAAACAGAAACCCAAAACAAUUGGCGUGGAGAGGAAAUCGUCUUACAGCUACGGAGUCACAGGAACCACAUUUGCCAAGUUUACGGAGUACGUCCUCCCCUUGAUCCCUAAGGACUGGAUAGUUGAUGACUCUCUCAAGUUUUCUGAGAAUAUGGUUGUCCUGUUUGCACAAAACAAAGACUUACAGGUAUCAUGAAUGGAGAGCAGUGUCUGACAGUCUGGAGAAAAUCUGUCUGAAAUGGCAUUAAACACUU